AGCGCAGCAGGGGAAGCGGGAAAAAAAAAAGCUUCGGUACUCUUCCGCGAAAUUGUGCGGGCUCUUGCACGGCUCUCCCGCGGUGGGGAGCGAGCUCCGGCGCCGGCAGGCCCGUCCACGCCGCGCCGCCGCUGCGAUAAGUACCUACGCCCCGCGCCGCCACCCGGACAGGCUCUUCCGCUCAGCGUCGCCGCCCUGACAGGCUCCUCCGCCAGCCGCGUCGCUCCGCUCUGACGGCUCCCUGCGACCCCUCCUCUCGACACAGCGUCCUCCGCCAGCCGUCGAGGCAUAGCUUCGGCAGCCCACCGGACACGCACGUGUUGGACCAGGAGGCCCAUGUGGUGCGGGAAUUGGGAUCAGGCCGCCGGACCAAGCGGCCCACGCCUCCUCUUCUUCCUAGCCACGCGUCACUGUCUAGCCCUGGUGUGCUCGUCGACGAAGGCGGCGUUCUCUCCACUGCUCCUCCCAGCAGAAGUAGGGAAAUUAAGAGAAACUAAUGGAGGUUGGUGCAGCUGUAGUCGGUGCCCUACUGAAGAGCACCCUGCCUAAACUCUUGGCGGCGAUAGGAGAAAAAAGGAAGCAGCUGAAAGGCCUUGAGGUUGAUGUUGGAUCCAUCAACUGUGAGCUCGAGUUGAUCCAAAGCAUCAUUGGUUGCUCGAGUGGCAUUGUUGUUAGUGAUCGUUGGAUUGCGCAACUCCGACGCUUGGCAGAUGACAUCAAGGACUGCAUAGACCGCUUCCACGUUGGGAAGACGGCAAGGACCCGUUUUGCUGGCCAGAUUGCUGACCUCAAGAAGAGAUCGAAGGAUACACGGAAGCAGUUAGAAAGCCAUAUCCGGAUGGCUAAAUCUGGCGGUGCAUCGACCUCCACAGAACAAACUCCUCUGACUGCUGAUCGUCCCGUGGGCAUGAAGGAUGCGGAGCAGGAGCUUCUCGGUCUUUUGCAGAGCGAACCGGAGGGGAAGCUGAAGGUGAUCUCCAUCAUUGACUUCGGUGGCCAUGGUAAGACUCUUCUGGCCAAGCAUGUUUACCAUGACAGGGAUGUCCGCAGUCAGUUCCCUCAGCGUGCUUGGGUCCUUGCUGCCGGCAAGGAAGCGCCAGUGGUUCUCAAGGAGAUACACCAGAAAGUGCUUCUUUUAAAUGAGCAAGCCGAUGUACAUGCUGGUAGCUCCAGCAUAGCCGUCCCAGUCGCACAAGUUGAGAAGGGCAAGGACAUCCAGAAGGAGGUUCAGGUUCAGGAGAAUCUUCUAUGCACGUAUGUCAAGAAUGCUGCUAAUACCUCUACCUCCAGCGACGACGACGAGCGUGUUGACUCUGAAGGCAUACAUGCUGCGACUGAGAGUACCUCCAACAAUAAUAUGGAUGAGAAGGGCAAAGGCGUGCAGAUUAUUGUGGAGGAGAUACAUGAGAAUGGUGUUCAUGAUGCUGAACUUGGUGCGAGUACCUCCAAUGCCGACCAGCAGGCGGUAGUGCUUCAGAAGACCAGAAGGUAUUUGAUUGUAAUUGAUGACGUAGAGAUGGAAGAGCUGCACGACAUAAUAUCUGCCUUCCCUUGGGCUGAUGGAGUGGGUGGCAGAAUUAUCAUGAUGACGACCAUUCAGUCGGAAGCCACACGCUGCAGAUGUGGUAAUGGUUUACCACUUGCUCUGGAUAGCACAUCCCAGUUUUUCAUUAGAGAGCUCACAGAGACUGGAUUUGAAGAAGCCUGCCUCAAACUUUGUGAUGAUGCAUUAGAGAGGAUGCAACGCUGCAACUUUCAGAUUCUAUCUAGCCUUGCUCUCCAUGACUUGUUGCUUUAUUUCUGCCUGUUUCCGCGUGAUCAUCCUGUCAGGAGGAAUCCUCUAAUAAGGCGAUGGCUAGCUGAAGGACUUGUACAACCAGAAAAUGUGGCAGUCCAGAAUUUGGAGACCCUCAUCAACCGCAAUAUCAUUCAUCCCAUUCAAGUAGGCCAAAAUGGGAAGGUGAGCAGGUGCCAGCCUCCGGGCAUGAUGCUUGACCACAUCUCCGACAAAUCCAUGUCAGAGAAUUUCAUCACCUUAUUCUGUGGUGAGACCAGUGAACCGGAGCAUGUCCGCCGGCUUUCUCUCCAUCCUGACAGUGCUACAAACGGUCGCUUGAACUUGCCCAAGGAUUUAUCUCGUCUUCAUACUCUGGCGGUAUUCCCUACUGCAGAUGUUGCCAAUUAUGAAGAUAAUUUGAAUUAUUCCAAGUAUGACCUACUGCGAGUGUUGGAUCUGAAAGAAUGUUCCCAUCUGAAAGAAAAACAUCUGAAGAAAAUAUGUGACCUCGUACUGCUGAAAUAUCUGAGCCUCGGGGACACUAUUGGUCAGGUUCCAAGGAAAAUAUCCAGGCUCCAACUGUUAGAGACACUCGACAUGAGGAGAGCAGAAACAGUGACAGUGCCCGUACAAGUCAUCCUGCUGCCCUCCUUAAUAAACCUCCUUGGAAAGUUUCAACUUGUUGAAGAUGAUCACAAAAGCAAGAUCCAUGAACUCGAGAAGUUCUUGUCAGAAGACAGUAAACUGGAGAGGCUUUCAGGAUUUGUCACUAGCAAUACCGAAGGAUUUCCACAGUUGAUGUGUCAUAUGGGACGGUUGAGGAAGGUGAAAAUAUGGAGUGACUCCACUGCAGCUGAAACAAACUUGACUCAUCUUUCAGAAGCCAUCCAGAAAUUCAUUCGUAAGGGCCUCGAUAUGACCAGAACUGAUCGGUCCCUUUCUAUUGAUUUCCAUGCAUGCUCAGCAAAGUGUUCAAAACCAUUAAUGGAGUCUUUGCAAGCUGCAGGCCGUCUUACCUCGCUCAAAUUGCAUGGCAAGCUGACACGAUUCCCUCAGUUUGAUGCAAAGCUAGUUGAGGAGCUUUGCCUUGCAUGGACCAAUCUUAGUGGGGAUGCUAUUCUAGAUGGCUUGAGUGUGUUGAAACUGAAACUGAAAUAUCUGAAGCUGGUUGAGGAUGACCUUGGUCCCCUCGACAUACGGCCUCACUUCAAACGGCUGGAGCGGAUAUGUCUCGUGGGCGUGCAAAGCCUGCACGGCAUAACAAUCCGCGCAGGAGCUCUGCCUCGUCUUACCUCACUCCAUAUACUCAGUGAAGCUCUAGGUCUUCUUCCUGGCAUCGACAUCACACAGCUCGGAGGACUAGAGGAAGUUGCACUCCAUUCUGGAGUCGAUCAAGGAAUAAAGGAUGGAUGGCAGAAAGCUGCAAGGAACCAUCAUAAAAGGCCCAACCUUCUGUUCAUUGAUCAUCCCAACUCCAACAGAGAUCGAGAUCCUCAGCUUCUCGGAACAAACGUGGCAACUGCAAAAAAACUUCAUUUGCAAAACUUCUUUCCUCCAUGAAACACAAGGUUUUUUGUGGUUAUCGUGAUUCUUGAAGCAGUUGAACUGCAGUAAGUUUUGUAUAUAUCCUCAGGUUCUGCCUUUUCAUCUUCACUCGUAGCUUCUGUUCAAGCGUAUUACAUCGCUGGUGCCAUUUAAGGUAAUCGAGACACAAUGACUUCAAGGCCUCUUUGUUUGACCGCAGUGUAAAACUUGGCAAUCAAUAAUGGAGGCACGUUCCAGUUUUCUGCAAGAA